CCCCUCCCUCUCUCUUCCUCCUCCCGAAUCAGUCGACUAGUUACGCAGUCUUUCAGGUAGCGCCCUGUUCCAGUUUGACGUCUUUUCUUUUCACCCAGUCUUGAGUUGAUCGAAAAGCAGAAUCCAACAUGACUCGAGUCAACAGCUGCGUCAAAAUCAGCUUUUUCGUGGCCAACGUUUUCUUUGCGGUUUUAGGGGGCCUCAUCGUCGCCUUGGCUUUGCUGUUGCAGUUGGUCACGCGCUUCCACGACGCUCCGAUGGCCGGUCGCUUCGCCGUCCUGACGGCGCUGUACGUGGUGGGCCUGAUAACCAUGGCGAUCGCCGCCGUGGGCGCCUACGGCGCACACCGCCAGAGCCGCGCCGCCCUCAUCGUGUUCCUGGUCUGCAUGGUGAUCGGCACCCUGAUGAUGUUCCGCGUGGCCGUCCCGCUGGCCGCCGUGCGUCCCGAGGUGGAGGAAGCGAUGUCCGACACGGUCCGAGAGUUGCUGCCGCUGGAUGAAGCCGACGAGAAGAUCAGGGUGCUCGCCGACGACAUUCAGAAAACGUUGCGGUGUUGCGGCGCCUUCAGCUACAGCGACUGGCGUCAAAACAUCCCGGACUCGUGCGCGUGCGACGUCGAGGCGGAGCGAGAGGGAAAAUGCCAGCUCGUCAGUUACGACUUGAUGAUGCUCCAGGUGAAGAAGGUGGUGUUCCGCCAGCCGUGCUUCCCGCUCCUGGCUCGCUACUUCCUCCUGAUCCUGGACGUCAUCAUCGGGCUCUCUUUCGUGCUGGCCGCGCUGGCGCUGCUCGGCCUGAUCCUGUCGUCCAUCCUCAUCCAUCAGCUGCGCCCCGGCGUGCGCCCCGCCGUGCUGCUGGUGCCCGCCAUCUUCAAGCCGCAGCCACCGAAGUACGAGGAGCUGCACAACGCGCCGGUGUAUUAGGGCUCUGCCUUGCCUUUCCGCACUGAAGAAUUUGCAACUACUGCUUUUUUACGUUACAAAUAAAACCUACUUUGUCAUCUUCCCGUAUAUAUAUUUGACUUCUGAAUAAAGACUACCCUUGUGAAAACUGUU